AAAAGAGUUGUCGCUCUUUUAUAAUUGACCAUGAGCGGAACACAAAAAGGAUUGCAGUUUAUAAAACAAGUAGUAGAAGCAAGCGUAACAACAAGAUGUUUUGAAAGUGUGUUAAACAAGGUUAAAGUUAUAACAGGUGGAAAUGGACAAUGCUUAUGUGAAAUGAUCGUCACUGAAGAUGAUCAGAAUCGUGGUGGCACGUUGCAUGGAGGUAUGACUGCGACAUUAGUGGACGCUGUAUCUACAUGGGCGCUCCUUACAUCAGAAAAGCAGGUAGCUGGAGUGAGCGUUGAUAUGGGAAUAUCAUAUAUGAAAGCUGCCAAAGUUGGCGAGGAGAUACUGAUAGAUGCCAAAACGUUAAGAGUUGGCAACAGACUAGCAUUUUUGACCGUUGAUAUAACUAGAAAAUCUGACGGAACAUUACUAGCUCAGGGAAAACAUACUAAGUUUAUAGGAUCAUGACCUCUAUUGGUUUGUUUAAAUCUUAAUUUACACUUUAAAAAAAACUAUUAGAAAUAAAAGACUAUCAUUGUGAA